GAGCGGUCCGUGAAGGCAGCACCAGACUCCACUACCAGGCUAGUUAAAUCGUGACAGAUCGUUGGACUUCAGAGUUGUUGAUGCAGGAAGGUGUGAAGUUCUGAGAAGAUGCAACACUUCGCUGUUGUGUAAAUGAAAUCGUCUUCCGUUUCGGCGGGUUUACUUCUGGCAUGUUGUGUUUAAAUGCAAUAUGUAAAAUAGUUUAAAGUUGUUUUUUUUUUUUGUUCUUGGCUGAUUUAGUUUUUCUUCCUUUUUAAAGUUAGUGUUUAUAUUUAAAAAAAGUAAAUAAAACAUCUCCGGUGUGACCCAGAUGGCCGAAGCACCGCCUGUUGACACUGACCCAGACUUCGAGCCUCUCUCCCGGCCGCGCUCCUGCACCUGGCCGCUGCCCCGGCCGGAGCUCAGCGACCCCGCCGGCUCCAACACAUCUUCCCCGGCCACAUCGGUGCAGCAGGAGCCGGGAGGAAACGCCGAGUUCAUCAGCAACCUCGGCUUGCUGGAGGAGAACUAUGAAGAGUACGCAGAGCAGAAACCGCCUUGCGGCACUUUUCAGUGUCAGGGGCUAAACUGCGUGCAUCUACAGCCCCCUCACCACCACCAUCACCACCACCACCACCUCCAGCAGCAGCUGCCGGGUCCGCAGCUGUCCCUUCAGUUACAGGUGUCUCCUCCAGGGGUCCCACCUUUGGGUGGCUCCGCUCAGAGGAAGAUCAGCUCGUCCCGUCGCAACGCCUGGGGGAACAUGUCAUACGCUGACCUGAUCACCAAAGCCAUAGACAGCUCACCCGAGAAGAGGCUCACGCUGUCUCAGAUUUACGAAUGGAUGGUCAAGAGUGUGCCUUACUUCAAGGAUAAAGGAGACAGCAACAGCUCUGCGGGCUGGAAGAACUCCAUCAGACACAAUCUGUCCCUGCACAGUCGCUUUGUGCGCAUCCAGAAUGAGGGAACGGGAAAAAGCUCCUGGUGGAUGCUGAAUCCAGAAGGAGGAAAGAACGGAAAGUCGCCUCGACGUAGAGCUGUCUCCAUGGACAACAACAACAAGUUUAUGAAGAGCAGAGGGAGAGCCACGAAGAAAAAGAUGUCUCUACAGGACGGGGUUGAGGGAGGAGGAGGAAGUCCUAGUUCCCAGUAUUGGCUUGGAAGCCCCAACUCUCACAGCAAUGAGGACUUGGAAACCUGGAGUUCCUUCAGAACUCGCACCAGCUCAGACGCCAGCACUCUGAGUGGCCGGCGUUCACCUUUCCCUUCAGAGCAGGAGGAUCUGGUGGAGUCUGAUGGGCACAUGUUGUAUCCUGGAGCACCAGGGACAAAGAUAACCGCCACCCUGCCCAGACUCUCAGAGGUGACUGGAUCCAUGGGCCAGCAUGGCUCUGAACAUGUCAUGGAGAGUUUGUUGGAUAACCUUCACCUGCUGUCUCCUAAAGUCCCCCAGCUGGGCUCCGACUCUUCACACUCCUCAAAUGCCACCAUGCUCCAGAGUAGCUCGUACGCCUCCACGGGCUUCACCCAGGGUUAUCCAAAGUGCACGUAUGGCCAAAUAAGGUUGGCACUUCCAGAGAACAAACCUGGCUUUGGAGUUUAUGAGAACCAGUUUAUGAGUCCGGCAGGCCUUCUCAAAGAGCUGCUGACUGCUGACGCAGACACCAGUAGGAGCACAAUGCCUUCCACCAAUGCACGAGUGGCUGACGGUGGAAAGCCAAGUUGCCUUCUGUCCACUUACAACAGUCAGAGCCAUGUGGGGGGUCAAAGUGGGGUAGAAAUGCUCAAUCCCAGUCAGAGUCAUCCAGGUCUUCAUGUAAACCCACGGGCUAUACAUAACCAAGGUCGUGCUACCUCACAAAACUUGACUGGCUGCAACAUGAUCCCCUUGAGUAGUCUAACCAGCCCACGGGGGCCUUCUCAACGACUGAGCAAACAGAGCACAAGCAUGCGGUCGCCUCACCGACAUCCAGCACAUACCAACGCUUUCUCACCACGCUACAGCAGCAGGGAACUGAACUCCGUUCACAACCACGGUCAUCAAGAACGGCUGCCCAGCGAUCUGGACAACAUGUCCAUCGAGAUGUUUGAAUGUGACCUGGAGUCCGUCCUCCAUGACACCCUCAUGGAUGGAGGUUCGCUGGACUUUAACUUUGACCCUGCAGGUGCACCCCAUGGGUUUUCCCAGAGGGUAAAGACCAACACACACAACUGGGUGUCAGGUUAGAGCGGAUUAAGGUAGGGACACUGAUAAUCAUCCUGGUGGCACACCCAGACUUGAGAUCCGUUUAAAAAAGAAGUUUGUACAGUUUUUAUUAUUAUUUUUUUUUUCCUGAAAUGAUAAAAUAAAGUGGAUUGAAAUUGUUGAACACUUUACAAGCAAAGGAGUUUAGUUGUUAAAGUGACAGCUUCAUGGCUGACUGAACCUCUCAGCAAGUGGUGGAUCCUGUUGUCGGGUUUGGUCACGCUGUAAUCUGUAGGCGGGAGAUGUUUACGUUAUCAAUUAUAGGAGAUUGAUACGAAGGUCAGCUUUGUAUUUCUACUGUAAACUUGCUUAGAAACCGAGUCUUUGACUGAGAUGAAUGAAUCAUUUAUUUUACUGUAUGGAGGUAUUUAUUCCUAUUUUCUUUUUUAUGUGGCAACCAUUAUACGUACUUUGUAAAAGUUCUGGGUAAAAGAAUGGAUUAUGUUUUCUUUUCCCUUUUUGUCAAUUUUAUCACCAAACAAAAGUUGCCUUAAUAAAUGUUUAGGCCACAGUUGAACAAUUUUUUUUUGCCAAAAAAUGUUUCUUAUGCUUUUCUGUAAAUAAUAAUUGUUUUUUUGUUGUUGUUGUAAAUAGCUGUGCUGAUAUUUAAAGAAUUUCAUUUUUCUAAGAUUUCAGGCUAACAAAUGAGCUUACAGUAGAUCGACCCGCUGAUUCAGAAGGAGAAAUUUAAAAUAUUCUAUAGACAAAAACAUUAGUCAGCACUGCAUGUUUGAUUGUGAUUUUAUCACAGGAAAAGUAUGCGUGACAUUGUAAAGCAACAGACAUUUGCUGCAUCCGCUGGAGCUGACAUCAUGAAAAUUGGUACCUCUAUAGGUCUGUCUGUCUGUCUGUCUGUCUGUCUGUCUGUCUGUCUGUCUGUCUGUCUGUCUGUCUGUCUGUCUGUCUAUCUAUCUAUCUAUCUAUCUAUCUAUCUAUCUAUCUAUCUAUCUAUCUAUCUAUCUAUCUAUCUAUCUAUCUAUCUAUCUAUCUAUCUAUCUAUCUAUCUAUCUAUCUAGCUAGCUAGCUAGCUAGCUAGCUAUCUAUC